UCAGGCGGAUAGACACCAAUCCUGAUCCAUCCUCGGCUCCCGCUUGGAACAGAAUUUCCCGCUUCAAUACCGCAAUGUCUGUGGGAAAUGCAGGCUUGGCUUCCAAUGACGUCACCAGCACACGACGGCGGGAAGGGCUCUUUGCGCAUGCGCCGCCCCGCCCACGCCCGCCAUCUUCCGCUAGAGAAUUCCGGCUCUGCCGCAAUGGAGAGGGUUCUCUGGAAGCUCUGGGGUUGGGAUCUCUUCGUCCCUGCAGUCUUUUCCAGCUAUUGUGUAGAGCGUUUUGGGCAAGAGAAUCUAGGACCAAGCCACAUCGGUUCUCUGCUUAACCCACUCCAUUCGACUGUUCUCCCAGCUAUGCUUCCAGAGUGCUCUGUGCAUUUCCACAAUCAACAAACGAUGAAUAAAUCUCUGAUAUCCAGACAGUUGACAUAAUUGAAAGAAGCCAGGAAGUUCAUCAGAGACAUAUAUGGCAGGUUGCAAUCAUCAACAGCAAAACAUCAACUGAGGAAACAGUUGAAUUAGGAAAAAUACUUAAUUUGAGCUUAAACUGUAUUCCAAAUAUGAUGGUAAAUAAUGCAAGUGAUUCAGGAAUGAGGGCUGAGGAGUUAAAUGACAUGUGUUAAUCCAUGGCAAGUGGCGCACACAAGUGUGGCAACGUUUUUUCCGAGUACAGUAGUUUAAUGGGGAAGAACAGUAUUGAAGAACAUGUCAAAGACAGAAACAGACACCUGCUGAGGCAAGAGUCUCAGUCAUAGCCUGCCUUCAUCUCUGAAGGGACCAGGCGACCCACGGAGUGCCUCGGCAGCCUUGUCAUUGUAUGCAAUCUUCACAGACAAGAUCUCACUGCAACCACCUUUCUACAGGAGCACAGGUGUGACAUUAUACUGAUGACAUCAUUCUCAGAGAAAAUUCAUUUUACACACUAAGGACACACAGAUACAAGGAGGCUUACACAAAGGGAAUGGACCUUUCCCUAACACACUGGUGCAAGGCCCUGCCACUUUGCUUCAAUUCCUGAAAAUUCCUUGGUAAACAUGGGGCUGCCCUAUUCCUGAGACUUUCAAAAAAUAGUUAUUGAUCCUCUCAGCAUCCACAAUGUUAAUACAAGCCCAGCAGUGUUUAAUUUGUGUUUUGUUUUUUGGAGGCACAGUCUUGCUCUGUCACCCAGACUGGUGUGAAGUGGCACGAUUUCAUCUCACUGCAGCCUCGACCUCCUGAGCUCAAGCAAUUCUCCCAUCUCGGCCUUCCAAGUAGCUAAGACUGCAGGUGUGUGCCACGACACUCAGCUAAUUUUGUUUUCUUUUUUUUUUUUGGUAGAGAAAAGGUCUUGCUAUGUUACCCAGGCUGGUCUCAAACUCCUGGGCUGAAGCGAUCCUCUUGCCUCGGCCUCCCAAAGUUCUGGGGUUACAGGUGUGAGCCACUGUGCCCAGCCCUUUAAUUCUUCACUUGGGGUUCAGGUGACAACAUAUUUCUUAUUUACAAAUCUUACUUAAUCUCACUGAUGCUGUCAUUGGCAAACUGACCCACCUUGAAAGAAGCCUCCUUCAACAAGUCUGGAAUCUGUCCAAAUUUAAAUUAACAGGUGCCCCUAUGAAUAUCCUCAGAGAACACACUGUGGAUGCUUUAGCAACCUCUUCUCAUGCUUCCUGAAGUAUCUGGGUUGCAUAUGGUGGCCAUAAGUAGUCCAUGGGCUUCUGAUGUAAAAAACAAACCUGCCCCUUUUGACCCUGUGCUGUACAGCAGCAGGGCAGUGAUUGCUGACCACAUACUGGACACUCUGGAAACAGAGGGCUCUGCAUCCAUGUCCACGAGACUUCAUGCCUAUCUGGUCAUCAGGCCUUGGGAAGUAGCACCCCACAGCCUUGGCACAGCUGCAGAGACCUCCUUGCCUCAGGAUGGAGUCAAACCUGGACCCCCUACCAUCUCAUCUGCAGGAAUCACUGGCCUGCUUCAUCCUCAGGCUGUGGUGCUGGAAGUCACCCGUCUCUGAGGCCCCUCGGGAUCGACUGAGUGACCAGCAGUGAAGUUCAUCCACCUUCUGAAUGAAUGCCAUCAUCAGACAUGAUGGAGCUCAGUGUGAUGCUGCUGCCUUCCCUCCCUUAGCUAGGAUGUCCCUGAUAAAGGAUGACACCCAAGCCUCAGCAUGACCGGCCAAACUUGAGGUGGUCAUCUCAGCACUGAUGCUGGGCCAACAAUUAGCCCCAUUUGUAAAUUUUUACAAACUUUUUGGCAAUUGCCAAGAAUUGUCCACCUUCCCUCCUCAUUGAAUUGAAGAAACUUCUUGUCUCAUGGAUACUCAGAAUACAAUCAAGUUUAGGCUAUGAGCAGAGAUGGACGAGGUGGCUACUGCAAUGGAUCAAGGCUAUGAGCAGAGAUGGACGAGGUGGCUACUGCAAUGGAUCAAGGCUAUGAGCAGAGAUGGACGAGGUGGCUACUGCAAUGGAUCAAGGCUAUGAGCAGAGAUGGACGAGGUGGCUACUGCAAUGGAUCAAGGCUAUGAGCAGAGAUGGACGAGGUGGCUACUGCAAUGGAUCAAGGCUAUGAGCAGAGAUGGACGAGGUGGCUACUGCAAUGGAUCAAGGCUAUGAGCAGAGAUGGACGAGGUGGCUACUGUAAUGGAUCAAGGCUAUGAGCAGAGAUGGAUGAGGCAGCGGCUGUAAUGGAUUAAGGCUAUGAGCAUCUUGUGAAGUAGGAUGUUAAAUCUGUAAAUAUCAGAAUGAAUCCAAACUUACCAGUUCAAAACUGGAUUGUAAAACAGCUCAAAAAAGACUGAAAACACAGCUCUACACAUUAGGAGGCUGAGGCGGCAGAUUGCUUAAGUUCAAGAAUUGGAGACAAGUCCAGGAAACAUGGAAAAACCGUCUCUACAAAAAAAAAAAAAAUUAUUUUUAAUUAGCUGGGUAUGGUGAUAUGAGCCUGUGGUCCCAGCUUUUCAGGAGGCUGACGUGAGAGGAUUGCUUGAGCCCAGAAGGCAGAGGCUGCAGUGAGCUCUGAUCACGUCACUGCCUAGGUGACAGAGUGAGACCCGUCUCAAAAACAAACAAAAAUAACAAACAAAAACAGCUCUAAACGAAGGUGGCUAGAAAAGUAGCUCAAGUUGUUCCUGUCUGGUUAAACACAAACAUAAAUGAAUUACUUAUGUGCCCCAGUGGCUUCAUAAUGCUGAGAGCAAAGUCAAUUAUUCUAGCAAGUUCUAGAAAACUUCAUCAUAUCAUGGGGUUCAAUGAAAAUAUCAAAUCAUAAAUAUAAUAAUCAAAUCUGAAAGUGAAUCUAGUUUCAAAGACCUCAGAAGCCACUGUGUAGGAAGCUCCUUUCAGAUAGAGACAAGGGAUUAUCUGACUUCUCUAUCUUUCAAUAAGAGAAGAUUAUUUCAAUAUUUGAAUUAAGAUUAUUUCAAUAUUUUAAUUGAAAUAAGAUUAUUUCAACAUUUGAAAUAAAUAAUAAAUUUGAUUAUUUCUCUAUCUUUCAGAUAGAGACAGGGGAUUUUUUGACUUCUUAUCUCUGUUGUGUAGCACAAUGUCCAGAACACAACAGAUAUUCCAUAUCCAUAGUCACAUCCUAUGUAUGUGUAUUUCUUUUCCAGCAAGGACUAGAGGUCCUAAGGUUUGUUUAUAUGGUAAGCCAGUGCCCAAAUGAGCAGGAGAAUCUUAGCACAGUCACCUACACACUCAUUUCAAUGCUCUGGCCCCUUAUCCAGGCUAGUCAAAGUGUGGUCUAUGGUUUUGCAUUUUAAGGGAUCCCCGGGUGAAUCUUGUGGCUGUCAAAGGAGGAGAAGCACUGCCCUCAAAAUAUAGAAAAGGUGAACUAAUUUAUCCAGGCAGGCUGGCUAUUUAUUUGUGUAUUUAUUUAUCUUGUUGAUGGGAAAAUUCAAAUUGACAUACACAAUCACCCCCAUAAGGAUUUCAGGUAAAAAACAAAGGUUUAGAUAUCAGAUGUGUUUUACAAUUACCACACCAGUCUUUUUACUACAGCAUCUAGUAGCACAUUUCCAAUAGAUUUAGGUGAAAAUUUUUAUCUCAUGAGCCUUCUGUCAGUGUUUUUAAAAUUGGAUUCUCUAUUAGUGGCCAUAUUGAAUCUCUUACAGGCAUCUCACUCAAACUGCAGUCAUACUUUCCAAUAGGCCCCAUAAAAAUCCUUGUUCUGGAGCAAUCUAAUAUAUUUUUCCACCUCGUUAGACACUUAGGUAAGUAUAAUAAUACAAGUUUUGUGUGUGUUUGUGUGUAUUGUGUACCUUGUGGCCUCUUGCCCAGUUUCUGCAACACCCGAAGCUGAUGCAAGUUUAAUGUAAAUAACGUCCAGCAAUGUUAGAAAUGUUGACUUCUAUGAGCCCAUCAGGAAAAAAAGGUGAAUGUUAUUGUAGAGGAAAUUUUCAUUCUGGAAAAAAUGCAUACUGUUUAAAUAUUACUUUCAUGCUUUCUGCAGAUAUUAUACACAGAUAUUAUAUUCCAAGGGUUAUGUUUCAAAGUCUUCAAAAAUAGAAAAUACAUUUUAUAUUUCUAGCUGAAAAUAAUAACAGUAAUUAGCCUACCUUUGGGGAAAUGUGAUAAAAAUACUAAUGAACAUCACAACUCAUUUAAAAGCAUAAAAUGUGCAAUGAUUUAAACUACAUGUUCUUUCUAUGAAUCUGCAUAGAAAUAUAGACACAUUUGAUAAAUGCUAUUUAAAGUCUGAGUGCUUUGGUUAAUGAUUUAUCUAUAGGUUGAAGGGAUUACUUUUAUCUGCCUUCAUAGUGAGAAUUAGAUUUCUAUUCUUUAUAAAGCAAGGAAUACAGAUUGUGCAUGGAUUAAAAGCAUUCAAUCCUUAAUAAUGAUGGUAGCUGCGCUGCAGAAAAGAAAGCCUGUCAGAGUAACGUAUUCAGUUUUACAUCAUAAUCAGAGGUAUGUCGAUCUCUGUUGAAGGCAGAAUUAAAAACGCCUUCAACAUUUUUAAAAUAAUAGAUGAAAAACAUCUCAAAGUCACUUUUAAAAUUUGAAUUGAUGAUUCCACAUAACAGGAAAAGGACCAAGAACAUCUUAAAUACUUCACGAUGGAAGUGAUGUUUUAAGUGCAAUUUCAUCAAGGAGAAGUUUUUCCAGAAAGUCUUUUGACCUGAGUAAAAAUCUUAUUUACUCUGGUAAAUAGUUUCUAGUAAAAUGAGAAAGACUUGAUUUUUUAAAAACAAUAAAAAAUUUACAUGGUUUAAUCUAAUGUUGUGAUUUCGAAAGUACUACUUGUGCCCUUAUAGUUACGCAUGUGUAUUUAUACGCAUUUUCUUGGCUCAUUCAAACGCCAAUAAAAUAGUUUACUAUCCAGGCCCCUUAAAAGCCAAAUUAAUUUCUAAAAGUGAGGAUUGUAUGUAUGCUGUGAGGUGUGCGCAGUGUAUGCGUGUGAUGUGUAUGUAUGGUGUGUGUGUGUCUGUGUGUGUAGUAGGUUCAUGGGGUAUGUAUGUGUGUGUGGUGUGUAUUGUGGGUGUUAUGUGUGUAUACUGUGUGUAGUUUGCGGGUGGUGCAUGGUGUGUAUAUGUGCUGUUUUGUGAUGUAUGUGUAUGUGGUGUGUAUGUGUACUAUGUGUGGUGUGCGUGUGAUAUGUGUGUGUGCAGUGUGUGGUGUAUGUGAUGUGUGUGUGUGGUGCUGGGUGUGUGUGCACUCUGUGUAGUGUUUGAUGUGUGAUGUGUGUAGAAUGGUGUGUGUGUGUGCACACUGUGUGUGGUGUGUGUGCUCUGUGUGUGUGUGAUGCUAUAUAUACGUGUGCAGUGUGUGGGGAGUGUGUGUGGAGUGUGUGUUUGACGUGUGUGGGGAGUAUGGGAUGUGUGUGGUGCUGUAUGUGUAUGUUGUGUGUGUAGCAGAUUCGUGUGUGUUGUGUGUGUGCAGUGUGUGGGGGGGUAUGGGUGUGUGCACAUUGUGCGGUGUGGUGUGUGGGGAUGUGUGCACGUGUGCACAUGGUGUGUGUGCAGUGUGUGUGGUGUGUGGGUGUGUGUGUGUGUGCACAUGGUGUGUGUGUGGUGUAUCAGGGGUGUGCGUGUGUGCACCUGGUGUGUGUGCAGUGUGUGUGGGUGUGUGUGUGUGUGUGCACAUGGUGUGUGUGUGGUGUAUCAGGGGUGUGCGUGUGUGCACCUGGUGUGUGUGCAGUGUGUGUGGUGUGUGGGGGGGGGUGUGCGUGUGCACAUGGUGUGUAUGCAAUGUGUGGUGUCUGUAUGUGGGGGGGUGUGUGCAUGUAUACAUGGUGUGUGUGCAGGGUGUGUGGUGUCUGUGGGGUGUGUGUGCGUGUGUACAUGGUGUGGUGUGUGGGAGGGUGUGUGCAUGUAUACAUGGUGUGCUGCGUGCAGUGUGUGUGGUGUCUGUGUGUGUAUGUGUGGGGCGUAUGUGUUUGCGUACAUGGUGUGUAUGCAGUGUGUGUGGUGUGUGCAUGUACACAUGGUGUGGCGUGUGAAGUGGGUGUGUGUGCAGUAUGUGGUGUCUGUGUGGGGUGUGUGUGCACAUGUGUGUGCAGUGUGUGUUGUCUGUGGGGUGUGUGCACGUGUGUGUGCGUGUGGUGUAUGUGGGGUGUGUAUGCGUGCACAUGGUGUGUGUGUGGUGUGUGUGUGCACAUGGUGUGUGUGCAGUGUGUGGUGUCUGGUGUGUGCAUGUGCACAUGUGUGUGCAGUGUGUGUGUGUGUCUAGGGUGUGUGCAUGUGCAGAUGGUUGUGUGCAGCGUGUGUGGUGUCUGGUGUGUGAGCACAUGGUGUGUGUGCAGUGGUGUCUGGGGUGCGUGUGCAUGUGCACAUGGUGUGUGGAGUGGGUGUGGUGUGUGUGUGGGGUGUGCAUGUGCACAUGGUGUGUGUGCAGUGUGUGGUGUCUGGGGUGUGUGCGUGUGCACAUGGUGUGUGUGCAGUGGUGUCUGGGGUGUGUGUGCAUGUGCACAUGGUGUGUGGAGUGGGUGUGGUGUGUGUGGGGUGUGCAUGUGCACAUGGUGUGUGUGCAGUGUGUGGUGUCUGGUGUGUUCAUGUGCACGUGUGUGCAGUGUGUGUGUGUCUAGGGUGUGUGCAUGUGCAGAUGGUUAUGUGCAGUGUGUAUGGUGUCUGGGGUGUGUGCACAUGGUGUGUGUGCAGUGUGGUGUCUGGGGUGCGUGUGCAUGUGCACAUGGUGUGUGGAGUGGGUGUGGUGUGUGUGUGGGGUAUGCAUGUGCACAUGGUGUGUGUGCAGUGUGUGGUGUCUGGGGUGUGUGCGUGUGCACGUGGUGUGUGUGCAGUGGGUGUGGUGUGUGCAGUGCGGGGGGGCGUGUGUGUGAGUGUGCACAUGGUGUGUGUGCAGUGGGUGUGGUGUGUGUGGUGUCUGGGGUGUGUGUGUGUGUGCACAUGGUGUGUGUGCAGUGUGUGUGGUGUCUGCGUGUGGGGUGUGUAUGCGUGUGUGUGGGGAGAAGAAAGAGAUCAGACUGUUACUGUGUCUGUGUAGAAAGAAGUAGACAUAAGAGACUCCAUUUUGUUCUGUACUAAGAAAAAUUCUUCUGCCUUGAGAGGCUGUUAAUCUGUAACCCUACCCCCAACCCUGUGCUCCCUGAGACAUGUAAUGUGUCAAGUCAAGGUUAAAUGGAUUAAGGGCUGUGCAGGACGUGCUUUGUUAAACAAAUGCUUGAAGCUAGCAUGCUUGUUAAGUCAUCACCACUCCCUACUUUCAAGUACCCAGAGACACAAAACACUGCGGAAGGCCGGCCACAGGGACCUCUGCCUAGGAAAGCCAGGUAUUGUCCAAGGUUUCUCCCCAUGUGAUAGUCUGAAAUAUGGCCUCGCGGGAAGGGAAAGACUUAACUGUCCCCCAGCCUGACACCCAUAAAGGGUCUGUGCUGAGGAGGAUUAGUAAAAGAGGAAGGCCUCUUUGCAGUUGAGAUAAGAGGAAGGCAUCUGUCUCCUGCUCGUCCCUGGGCAAUGGCAUGUCUCCGUGUAAAGGCCAAUUGUAUAUUCCAUCUACUGAGAUAAGGGAAAACCGCCUUAGGGCUGGAAGUGGGACAUGCUGGCAGCAAUACUGCUCUUUAAGAAAUUGAGAUGUUUGUGUGUAUGAACAUAAAAAGCACAGCACAUUUUUCUUUACCUUGUUUAUGAUGCAGAGACAUUUGUUCAUGUUUUCCUGCUGACCUUCUCUCCACUAUUACCCUAUUGUCCUGCCAUAUCUCCCUCUCUCAGAAACUCCCGAUAACGAUCAAUAAAUACUAAAGGAACUCAGAGACUGGUGCCAGUGCGGGUCCAUACUUUGUCUCUGUGUCUCUUUCUUUUCUCAAGUCUCUCAUUCCACCCGACGAGAAAUGCCCACAAGUGUGGAGGGGCAGGCCACCUCUUCACGUGUGCACAUGGUGUGUGUGCUGUUUGUGUGGUGUCUGUGUGGGGUGUGUGUGCAUGUGCACAUGGUGUGGUGUGUGCAGUGUGUGUUAUGAAUGACUGCUUCUCUUAGUAUGUGGACAUCAGUCUUCCAGACCAGCUUUCUCCAUGUGUCUGGGAACAUAAGAAACAAGUUUCUGCAAUAAUUGUUACACAGCUUUUCCCGAGAGGGACCAAAUCUCUGUCGUGAGUGGGCAUCUGCGUCAUUGCAGGAGGGAAUGUGAUGUCCUGGCUUGGCUCACACCCUCUGUGGGUUUAGGCAGGUUUCCUGCUGGAUCCCUCACUGUGGCCAGGGAGGGAGGGCUCUGUUUAACCACAGGGAACCAGAAGAGGACUGGUGUGUGGGAAGACCAGGUAAUCAUAAUGGUAUUAAUAACAGUGGUAAUAAUACUGUUUUAUACAUUGUAUAUGUCAUAAGUAUUUUAACUUUCAUGUAACAUAAUUGUUGUAAAAAUGUCCCCAGUUUGUUUCGUGCUAUUUACCUGGUGUUGAAAUGUGUAAGAAUUUAUGUUUUAGGUAUGUUAGGUUUAUUCCUUUUUAUAUUGUUUCUGUUUGAAAUUUUGAUUUCAGAAGACAUUCAUUCUCAAGGUCGUAAAACACACACACAUCUAAUUUUCUUUUUUUUUUUUUUACAUUUAAUACUGUAAUUAACUUUUAUGUAAGGUGUGGGACCAUAAUUCAAUUCUAUCAUUUUAUAUUCUCAAAUCAUUACCCAAUAUUUUAAUAUCAUAAAUGGAAAAAUCGCUGUUUUGUGGGUUUAAAAUGUUACCCUGUUACUAAAGGAAAUUAUACUCAAUUUCUGUACUUUUAACUCUCUUUCAAUAAUGUGUUUAUUUUUGUACCAUUUCAAAUUUGUUUAAUUUUGAAUAGUAAUAACAAUCUUAAAUAUAGUAAAUUUUAUAAUA